UAAGUAAUGGGUUGGGUUUUGCAAAAGUGCUUAUGGGUUUACUUUGUUCUACUGCUUCAAAUCCAAAGAUGUUUUGGGUGCUUGGAAGAGGAGAGGAUAGCUCUCCUGGAAUUCAAGGCAUAUGUCAAUUGGACAGAUUCUGAAUAUGGUUAUGGAUUGCCAUCGUGGGUCGAUGAUAGAGGGAGUGAUUGUUGUGGUUGGGAGCGAGUGCUGUGUAAUCAUACCACGGGUCGAGUCAUCCAUCUCUCCCUUGAUGACAUAAGGGGAGAUUGUUCAAGCAUUUGGUAUAUAAAUUUCACCUUGUUGUCUGCCUUUGAAGACCUCCAACAUCUCAACUUAUCUUCCAACUGGUUAGAUGGUUGGAUCAAUAAUGAAGGCUUUGAAAGAUUGGUUGGCUUGAGAAAGCUAGAGGUCCUAGACAUAAGCCAUAAUCAGUUCAACAGUAGCAUUCUUCCAUCUCUGGGUGCUCUCAAGUCCCUUAGGACUCUGUCUGCGGCUUCUAAUGAUUUCAACGGAUCUAAUCAUCUUGAAGGUAUUUAUGCAUAUUAA